UAAGCAGGUGGCAGUGCAACAGCCACCCCGCCUUCAGUGUCUCCAGGAGUCUUGGGGAUGGAAAGGGAAGCAGACACUCCAGGACCAGUUUCCUGAGGCUCCAGAUCAUCCAGCUCUUCUCUGGGGAGCAGCCGGGGGACCAGAGGCAGUGACCAUGGCACAAGGGCUGGAGGUGGCCCUUAUCGACCUCCAGAGCUCCUGGAACAAUGUGCGGCACCACACGGAGGAGAUCAGCUCCGACCGCCUGCUCGUGCGCCGGGGCCAGGCUUUCAUCAUCACCCUGUACUUCAGGAACCGGGCCUUCCAGCCUGGCCUGGACAACAUCAUCUUUGUGGCUGAUACUGGACCACUGCCGGACGUGGCCAAGGGCACUCGGGCUGUGUUCAGCUUGGCAGGUCAUGGUGGCCCCAGCCCCUGGAUGGCCUCCCUGGAGGCCACUGGGGCCGCCUCCAUGGAGGUGAGCCUGUGUGCCCCACCCAUGGCGGCCGUGGGUCGGUACCUCUUGAAGGUUCACAUCGAGUCCCUGCAGGGGCCUGUCACAGCCUACCAGCUCGGCGAGUUCAUCCUGCUCUUCAACCCCUGGUGCCCAGAGGACGCUGUCUACUUGGACAGUGAGCCUCAGAGGCAGGAAUACGUCGUGAACGAUUAUGGCUUCAUCUACCAGGGAAACAAGAACUGGAUCCGGCCCUGCCCCUGGAACUAUGGACAGUUUGAGGAGAACAUCAUAGACAUCUGCCUGGAACUGCUAGCCAAGAGCCUGAACUUCCAGAUCGACCCAGCCACAGACUGUGCCCUGCGGGGCAGCCCAGUCUACAUCAGCAGGGUCGUGUGCGCCAUGAUAAACAGCAACGAUGACAACGGAGUGCUCAAUGGAAACUGGAGCGAGAAUUACUUAGACGGCAUCAACCCCGCAGAGUGGACGGGCAGCGUGGCCAUCCUGAAGCAGUGGCACGCCACGGGCUGCCAGCCCGUGCGCUACGGGCAGUGCUGGGUCUUUGCUGCUGUCAUGUGCACAGUGAUGAGGUGCCUGGGGAUCCCCACCCGCGUGAUCACCAACUUUGAUUCUGGCCACGACACAGACGGAAACCUGAUCAUAGAUGAGUAUUAUGACAACACAGGCAGGAUUUUGGAGAAUAAGAAGAAAGACACUGUCUGGAAUUUCCACGUCUGGAACGAGUGCUGGAUGGCCCGCAGAGACCUUCCCGAAGGAUACGGAGGCUGGCAGGUGCUGGAUGCCACGCCUCAGGAGACGAGCAACGGUCUCUACUGCUGCGGCCCUGCCUCCGUCAGAGCCAUCAAGGAGGGUGAGGUGGAUCUGAACUAUGACACCGCCUUCGCCUUUUCCAUGGUGAAUGCUGACUGCAUGUCCUGGCUGGUCUUCAGAGGGAAGGAGCAGAAACUUCACCAGGACACCAGUUCUGUUGGCAAUUUUAUUAGCACGAAGGGCAUCCAGAGCAAUGAGCGGGAUGACAUUACGGAGAACUACAAGUACGGAGAAGGUUCCCCCCAGGAGAGGCAGGUAUUCCUGAAGGCUCUUCAGAAGCUGAAAGCUGGAGGGUCCCAAGGCUCCCUCCGAGAGGACUUGCAACCUUCCGGGUCCCUGCCGCUGAGGGACAGUCCUCGGAGCCUGGCUACGCCUUCCCUUCGGCCCAGUGAUGUUGUCCAAGUCUCCCUGAAAUUCCAGCUGCUUGACCCACCGGAUAUGGGCCGGGACAUAAGGUUUGUCCUGCUGGCGCUCAACAUGUCGCUCCAGUUCAAGGACCUCAGAGUGAACCUGAGUGCCCAGUCCCUGCUGCAUGAUGGCAGCCCCCUGCCUCCAUUCUGGCAGGACACAGCCUUCCUCACACUCGCUCCUGAAGAAGCGAAGACCCAUUCCUGCAAAAUCCCUUAUUCUCAGUACAGCCAGUACCUGUCCACAGACAAGCUGAUCCGCAUUAGUGCCCUGGGCGAAGAGAAGAACAGUCCGGAGAAGAUCCUGGUGAACAAGAUCAUCACCUUAGCCUAUCCCAGCAUCAUGAUAAAUGUUUUAGGGGCAGCCAUUGUGAACCAGCCACUCUCCAUACAGGUGAUAUUUUCAAACCCCCUCUCAGAGCCAGUUGCGGACUGUGUGCUGACUGUGGAAGGAAGUGGUCUCUUCAGGAAACAGCAGAGGGUCCUCAUUGGCGUCCUCAAACCCCAGCACAGAGCCAGCCUCACUCUGGAGACUGUCCCCUUCAAGAGUGGCCAAAGGCAGAUCCAAGCAAAUCUGCGGAGUGACAAGUUUAAGGACAUCAAGGGUUACAAGAACAUCUAUGUAGACCUUGGAUUAUAAAUUCCGAGACAAUGAACUGGAUGCACAGAGUUUACGCUUCAGAAAAAGAGCAAGUUCAAAUGCAGGCUGUGCCACUCCCCACCCAAACAGAGGCUUUUCCAGGCUGUGACCUGAGUAGCAGAGGAGAUGAUGGAGGUGAUGAUGAAGGGUCCCCUGGGCUGCUUGCAUCACUCCCCAGGACCCUGUUCAGGACCCAGGGAAUCCAUGGUGUCCCAUCCAGAAUUGUGAGGUUGGCCUUGCAAGUCCAGAAUUGUUGGACUUGCCCAUGAUUUACUGACACCCAGAUUUCAAGAAAAGAAAAAGACUGGCUAAGCAGCUUACUGUCACUUUGUUGUUGCAAUGGCUACUUCCACGGUACCAUUAAACUUCAGUCCUGGUUCUCA